AUGACAACUCAGGCGUCCAAAGGCCAGCAGGCGCUUGCCAAUGGCAACUACGAUGAGGCUAUCACCCAGCUCACCGCGGCAAUUAGAACCUCACAGAGUCCCCUGUGGCUUAUCCAACGCUCGACCGCAUAUCAACGACUCGGAAAGCAUGAGCUCGCUCUCGCAGACGCUGAUAACGCCGUCCUUGCAGCCCAGCAACGGGGUCGGCGUGAGCUGAUCGCGACAGCGCAGUUUAGGCGUGCGAUCGCAUUGCAUGGCUUGAAGCGAUUCGGCGAUGCAAGACUGUGCCUUACUUGGUGUCGCAAAUACAACGAGAAGGAGAAGGGGUUGGGCCUCUGGCAGGCCAAGGUCGCAAGUGAUUACGAGACCGCUGAGAAGGAGGGCUUGUCAGACCAGAUUCAGUGCACGGUGAAGGAGACACCCGACCCCGUCAAGGAUAUUGAGGGAGAGCAGAAGAAAGAGGAAAAACAGAAGACGCCUGUUGCAGAUGCUGCACCUGCCUCAGCUCCGAUCUCCACGUCUCAAACCCCAAAAGAGAAAAUCAGACAUGAGUGGUUCCAAUCCGGCUCAACGGUCACAAUCACCAUUUUCGCAAAGGGCGUUCCGAAGGAGCAAGCUGAGAUCAAUAUCGAAGAAGGAAGCCUUGAGGUCCGCUUCCCUGUCGGACAGUCAGGCACAUAUGACUACACCGUUACACCUCUUUUCUCUCGCAUCGACCCCACCUCCAGCACAUUCCGGAUUACCCCCCACAAAAUCGAAAUUAGUCUACAAAAAGCGGUUCCUGGCCUCAAAUGGGCCACUCUCGAAGGCACUGAACCCGUUACUUCCUCCGCAACUACCGCCAGCACCAAUACCACAGUCCCAGAUGCCAUUCCCAAGCCCGAACCAGCGAAAUCGCCGGCAUAUCCAACCUCCUCUCGCACUGGACCCAAGAACUGGGAUAGUGUCGCCUCCGCAGCGUUGAAAUCAGACAAGGAAGGUGGAUCUUUAGGGGACGACGACGAUUUUGAAGGAGAUCCAAUGAAUGACUUCUUCAUGAAACUAUACAAGAAUGCGGACCCGGAUACUAAGCGUGCGAUGAUGAAAAGCUACCAGGAGAGCAAUGGUACAGCUCUCAGCACGAAUUGGGAGGAGGUGAAGAAGGGACCCGUUGAGACGAAGCCCCCGGAUGGAGUUGUGGCUAAGAAGUGGGGCGAAUAG